CUUGGUUCCACGUGCUGCCUCAGUGGUGUGGUGUGCUUGAGCGUUUGCGUUGGAGUUUCUUGCGCCUUUAAUUCAGUACAAUGACUGCAAAGCUUUGCCUUCUUGCCGCACUUUUCUCCCUGGCGUACGCUGGCGGCUACGGCGGCCAUGGAGGACACAGCGUCACCCACCGCAAGCAGGAUGACUACGGCAACUACAACUUCGGCUACAACAUCGUGAACGGCUAUGGGGCCGCUAAUGGUCGCCAUGAGUCUGGCUCCGCAUACGGGGGCGUCAAGGGCGCCUACUACCUGGCCGACGCCGACGGGCGCUCGCGGCGCGUCGAGUACGUCGCAGACAAGUGGGGCUUCCGCGCGAUGGUCAAGACCAACGAACCGGGCACAAAAACGAGCUACCCGGCGGCCGCGUCCUACCACUCGGCCAACGGCAAGCACGUCCCCGCCUAUGGCGGGUACGGCUACGGAGGCCACGGAUUUCACGGCUAGGCUGCUGAUCGCGGUGGGCUAGUAUAUUCUUCUGUGAUCUUCGUCCCAACUCUGCGCCGUGAGCCUACUUUUGAGGGAGCUCGCCUGGAUGCCCCUCGCUGUCAUGCCAAAGCCCGUGUACGUCGCUAUCAGUGUGCCGCGGCUGUUUCGCAGUGUGCCAUGGCUUUCGCGUGACUCUUGGCAUUGUCGCUGCAGACUCGUCGCUUUCGUCGGUCUUCACCUGCAAGAACAUUAAGCAACAAAGCUGUCCUGGUUUCC